CAGUUCGGUUUAUCGUUCGUUUUGAUUAGUUUCUUCUUUUCUGUUAAUUUUCGAUCCUAAACGCCGUGGCUGCGCACCAUGACGCUUUUCAUCCUUACUGAGACCAGCGCGGGCUAUGCCCUGCUGAAGGCCAAGGACAAGAAGCUCCUCAAGCGUGAUGAUAUCGCCGAGGAGGCCUCGACUGCGGAGGGUGUCUCCAACCUUCUCAAGUUGAAGAGCUUCCAGAAGUUCGACAGCGCUGCCUCAGCUCUGGAGGAGGCUGCCUCCGUUAUGGAGGGCAAGGUCACCCCCCGUCUGGCCUCGCUUCUUGACGGAAUCAAGGAUGAGAAGAAGGUGUCCCUCGCUGUUGCCGACACCAAGCUCGGAAACUCCAUCAGCAAGCUUCCCGGCCUUGACAUCCAACUGAUUGCUGACUCCACUACCAACGACAUCUUCCGUGCCAUCCGUGAGCACCUCACCACCCUCAUUCCCGGUCUUGCCCCCAGUGACAUGUCCACCAUGUCCCUCGUUCUCCCCGACAAGAUCGACACUAUGAUCGUCCAGGCUAUUGGUCUUCUCGAUGAUCUUGACAAGGAGCUGAACACCUACGCUAUGCGUGUCAAGGAAUGGUACGGAUGGCACUUCCCCGAGCUGGCCAAGAUCCUGAAUGACAACAUUGCCUACGCCAAGCUCGUCCUGAAGAUGGGUAUGCGCUCCAACUGGGAGUCCGCUGAUCUUGCUGAGAUUCUGCCCGAGGAGAUCGAGGGUGCCGUCAAGGCUGCUGCCGACCGCUCUAUGGGUACCGAGAUCAGCCCGGAGGAUCUGGAGAACAUCCAGGCUCUCGCUGAGCAGGUUGUUGGUUUCUACGAGUACCGCUCCCAGCUUGCUAGCUACCUCACUUCCCGCAUGAACGCCAUUGCACCCAACCUGACUGCCCUUGUCGGUGAUCUUGUUGGUGCCCGUCUUAUUGCCCACGCUGGCUCCCUUACCAGCUUGUCCAAGAGCCCCGCCAGUACCAUCCAGAUUCUGGGUGCCGAGAAGGCCCUUUUCCGUGCCCUCAAGACUAAGCACGACACUCCCAAGCCACCGGCCGCAACAGAGGGCAAGAUGGCCCGUAUCCUCGCCGCCAAGGCCUCUCUGGGUAUCCGUGUCGACUCCCUCGCCGAGUGGGGUGACGAUGUCACUGAGGAGGACAAGGCUGCUCUCGGUACUGAGGCUCGCUUCAACCUUGAGCGCAAGCUUGCUGGUAUGGAGGGCAAGCCCAUUAAGCCCCGUGGUGUGGCCAUUGCCCCCAACGGUGCUCAGGCCGAGAAGUUCGACUUGAAGGAAGCCCGCAAGUACAACCCUGAUGCCGAUGCCCUUGCCUCCGAGGAGCCUGCCACUGCUCAGAAGUCUAAGAAGGAGAAGAAGAAGCUUGUCGAGGAGGUUGAGGAUGAGGAGAUGGCUGAUGCCGACUCUGAUGAGGCUGAGGAUUCCGAGUCCGAGGAUGAAGCUCCCAAGAAGAAGUCUAAGAAGAGCGACAUUGAGGAAUUGGCUGCUAAGGCUGGUCUCAGCGUUAAGCGAUACGAGCGGAAGCUCGAGCGUGGCGAGAUCACUUUCGACAAAGACGGCAACCCCACUUCAAUUAGCAAGAAGGACUUGAAGAAGUCCAAGAAGGAAGCCAAGAAAGCCAGCAAGGACGACGGCAAGAAGCGCAAGCGUUCCGAAGACGACGAUGAGAAGAAGAAGAAGAAGAAGUCCAAGGGAGAGUAA